CGUCUGCGCGAACCCCGCGCACCCUUCAGAGCCGAAGCCGGGAGGUAAGAUGGCGGCCGCCGACGGAGAUGACUCCCUUUACCCUAUUGCUGUGCUGAUCGAUGAGCUGCGGAACGAGGACGUUCAGCUUCGUCUGAACAGCAUCAAGAAACUCUCCACCAUUGCACUAGCCCUGGGAGUUGAGAGGACACGCAGCGAGCUUUUGCCUUUUCUCACAGACACUAUUUAUGAUGAGGAUGAAGUGCUACUUGCUCUGGCAGAACAGUUGGGAACCUUCACAGCUCUGGUUGGGGGCCCUGAAUAUGUCCAUUGCUUGCUGCCUCCGCUCGAGAGCCUUGCUACUGUUGAGGAGACAGUGGUCCGGGACAAAGCGGUGGAGUCUCUGCGAGCCAUCUCCCAUGAACACUCUCCAUCUGACCUUGAGGCCCACUUUGUGCCCCUUGUGAAGCGCCUGGCAGGAGGUGACUGGUUCACCUCCCGCACCUCUGCUUGUGGCCUCUUCAGUGUCUGUUACCCUCGAGUCUCCAGUUCGGUCAAAGCUGAGCUCCGACAGUACUUCCGGAACUUGUGCUCAGAUGACACUCCGAUGGUCAGGCGAGCAGCAGCCUCUAAACUGGGUGAAUUUGCAAAGGUCUUGGAGCUGGAACAUGUCAAGAGCGAGAUCAUCCCCAUGUUCUCUAACUUGGCCUCUGAUGAGCAGGACUCUGUGCGUUUGUUAGCUGUGGAGGCCUGUGUUAAUAUUGCACAGCUCCUGCCCCAGGAGGACCUGGAAUCAUUGGUGAUGCCAACACUACGGCAAGCAGCAGAAGACAAAUCUUGGCGGGUCCGUUACAUGGUGGCUGACAAGUUCACGGAGCUCCAGAAAGCUGUUGGUCCAGAAAUCACAAAAACCGACUUGGUCCCAGCAUUCCAGAACUUGAUGAAAGACUGUGAAGCUGAAGUGCGGGCUGCUGCCUCCCACAAAGUCAAAGAGUUCUGUGAAAACCUGUCUGCUGAUUGCCGUGAAAAUGUCAUUAUGACCCAGAUCUUGCCCUGCAUUAAGGAACUAGUGUCAGAUGCCAAUCAACAUGUAAAAUCAGCUUUGGCGUCUGUGAUCAUGGGAUUGUCUCCCAUUUUGGGCAAAGACAACACGAUUGAACACCUUCUGCCUCUCUUCUUGGCCCAGCUCAAAGAUGAGUGCCCGGAAGUCAGACUCAAUAUAAUCUCUAACCUGGACUGUGUGAAUGAGGUGAUUGGCAUCCGGCAGUUGUCCCAGUCCCUGCUGCCAGCCAUUGUGGAGUUGGCAGAGGAUGCCAAGUGGCGUGUGCGACUGGCCAUCAUUGAGUACAUGCCCCUGUUGGCUGGGCAGCUAGGUGUGGAAUUCUUUGACGAGAAGCUAAAUUCCCUUUGCAUGGCGUGGUUGGUGGAUCACGUCUACGCUAUCCGAGAGGCAGCUACCAGCAACCUCAAGAAGCUUGUAGAGAAGUUUGGCAAGGACUGGGCCCAUGCCACCAUCAUCCCCAAGGUGCUGGCCAUGUCCAACGACCCCAACUACUUGCACCGCAUGACCACGCUCUUCUGCAUCAACGUGCUGUCAGAGGUGUGUGGGCAGGAGAUCACCACCAAGCACAUGCUUCCCACUGUGUUGCGGAUGGCAGGCGACGCCGUAGCAAACGUCCGCUUCAACGUGGCCAAGUCCCUUCAGAAAAUUGGACCAAUCCUGGACAACAGCACCCUUCAGAAUGAGGUGAAGCCAGUGCUGGAGAAACUAACACAGGACCCCGAUGUGGAUGUCAAAUACUUCGCCCAGGAGGCCCUGACUGUGUUGGCACUAGUUUGAGCCCUAGGAGCCCCGACGCUGUUGUCUCUUCCACUUGGGCCCCAAUAGGACCGAUCUUUCUCUCCCCUUCCCCAUUUCCCUGCAUGUCUAUGACCAGCCCCAGCCCCCACCCCAAGUGGAUGCAUAUGGUGAUAUUGGUCAGUGGCUGACUCUGGAGUCCACCUCCCUCUUAGCUCCAUGUUCUGAAAGCUUCCUGGGCAGCUGUGAUACUUCCUCCCUUUCUCAUCUUAGCCAGGUUCAAUAUUUAGUUUUGUUGUGCCACCAGGUGGCAGCAAAUGGCAGCCUCUCCCCCCCCCUCCAGUUCUGCCUCCUGGUGCAAGCUCAUGAGAGAGAGGCAGAGCAGCUCCUUCAAACCUACACUUGGCAUGAUCAAUGUGAACACUCUGGGAAGGCAAAGUCUGCUUGGGGCUUCUGUAACCUUUUGGCUACGGUUUGCAUGAGAACUUCCCCACAGUACUGUAUGUAGCUGUGCAUGAGGUAUUGAUUUGGCUUUCCUCUUGAUGAACUUUGCUCAGUGGGCCACCAGAUCGCCCCUGCCACUCCCCCAUCCCAGCGAUUUUAAAAGUCCCAGGGUUCCUCCAUUCAGUGUCUCUAACACCACUUAAUCAGUGAGAGCAUCAGUUACAAAACUAACUAAUUCUCAGGGGGUUCCUUUGUUAGCAAAUUUCUAUGCUCUAAGUUGAAUGCAGAGGCCUCUCCCCUCCAGCCCCAGAGAGGUGGGGGGAAGGGGUGCUUAAAUCCCUAUUGUUUUAAUUUCUCACCAAACCCACUACUAUUCUUUCUCAGUUCAGGUCUCCCUCGUACCCUGUCUUCUGUGCUGGAAGGAGCUCCUGUGGGUAGCAUGUUGGGAGCAGCAGCUCCUUGCAGAAAAAAAUACUUUGGGGUGGUGGAGGGUAUAAACCCAGCAGGAAUUGUUGCCUUGCGUCCUCAGCAUUUGGGAGACUGCUUCUAGGCUAAAAAAUUUGACACACACACACCUGCUAUCUCAGGCAGGCUUUUCAAGCUUGGCCCUUCCUAAAUUUGGAGGGGUAAAGGGAUGUUUAUGAAGACAUCAGUCGGCAGGAGCAGGAGGGGCAAUCAGGUUGCUGUCUCCUGCAAUGUUUGGACUAUACAUUGUGGCAUAUUAGCCAAUUGGAAUCUCCAGCGUCUCAUGAAAACCGAAACCACCACCAACUUCCUCUUCCCCUCCCCUCU